GGCAGAGAGUGGCCACAGCCGCCCGCGCGCACAUGCGCCCCGUCCCGACAAUCAGGUCUGACACGCCCACGCCCGCGCCGCCCUCCUCAAUCACACACCCCGUUGCUCGUUUCCGCCCCCAACGACCCAAGCCUGCCGCGCACCAGAAGCAGAAUGCCCCCGUCGUCCUCGGCGGCUUCGUUCGGCGGUCCAUCGGUGCCUUCGCUGCUACGUUCGAGGAUAUGCACCUCUGGCCUUCCGUUCCAGCUUGCUUGCAUGGCCUGCACGCCCGCUGAUAGGCCGCUGCCGUCGCCCUCGUGGGGAUGCGCGC